AGGAGAGAGAGAGAGAGAGAGAGAGAGAGAGAGAGAGAGAGAGAGAGAGAGAGAGAGAGAGAGAGAGAGAGAGAGAGAUUAUGGGGGAAGGGAUUGUAUUUUCCGGGUCAAGCUCAGCAGGACAGUGUGUGGAUUAUGUCGACGCCUUGUCGAAAUGCCUGCUGUUCUUGGAGGCUCAGAGAUCAGGCAAGUUGCCGAGUACGAACCGUGUGUCCUGGCGUUCUCACUCAGGGUUAUUGGACGGUCAGGACGUAGGUUUGGACCUGACUGGAGGCUAUUAUGAUGCUGGAGAUAAUGUGAAAUUCGUCUUUCCGAUGGCGUUUACCAUGACCAUGCUGUCCUGGGGAGUUCUCGAGUACUCAGAUCGCUUUCGACAGUGCGGCGAGUUCGACCAAGCUCUCGACGCCAUCCGCUGGGGAACGGACUUCUUCAUCAAAGCGCAUCCUUCUCCAUUCGAGCUCUAUGCUAUGGUGGGUGAAGGGCAUUCCGAUCACGCGAGAUGGAUGCGACCGGAGAACAUGACCACCAGCCGCACUGCGUAUAAGGUUGAUGCUGACCAUCCGGGAACGGAAGUUGCAGCAGAAGUGGCUGCAGCUAUGGCAGCAGCAGCAAUUGUCUUCGCACAGUCCGAUGCAGAGUAUGCGGGGAUCUUGAUAAUGCACGCGAAGCAGCUUUUCCACUUUGCGGACACAUGUCGGGGCUCCUACAGCGACAGUAUUCCAAGUGUUCAGCCCUUUUACAAAUCAUGGAAUGGCUUCCAAGAUGAACUGCUGUGGGCUGCCAUCUGGUUGUUCAGAGCAACCAAGGAUGUCUCCUACAUGAAUUAUGUCACGGGACCCAACUCUGAGUUGUUUGGGGGUACAGUUCAGGAUAAGAUGGAAUUCAGCUGGGACGACAAGUUCGCAGGCGUUCAGGUACUCGUGGCAAGAGCAUUGUUAACUGGAGAAGAUGGAGGGGCAGACAGGAAGGUUAUGGAAAAGUACAAGGAAAAGGCAGAUGGUUUCAUGGUCAGGCAUCUUCAAGGGAGCGUUCAAAAAACUCCAGGUGGAUUGGUGUGGAUCAGGAAGGAGUGCCCUCUGCAGUAUGCGGGUGGCGCUGCGUUUUUGGCUGCGGUUUAUGGAGAUGUCUUGGUAGCAACAGGCGCACACGCAGAGUUUCAUGGCCAUACAUGUUCUGGCAGUCAGCUCCUGGAGUUUGCACACAGCCAGGUCAGUUAUGUUCUGGGUAAGAAUCCGCGGCGAAGUAGUUACAUGGUUGGUGUGGGGCCUAACUGGCCUCAGCGGGUUCAUCACAGAGCAUCGUCGAUUACUCCAUUGCACGAAGACGAGAAGAAUGGCUGCGGUUUCGCUGAGGGGUUCCACUUCUUGCUAUCGAAAGAACCAAAUCCCAUCCCACAUGUCGGUGCGAUAGUUGGAGGACCUGACGACAUGGACUCGUACGAAGAUGACCGGGGGAAUUACAAUCAGAGCGAGCCGACAACCUAUAUCAAUGCCAUCUUCUGUGGUCUGCUUGCUAGAUUUGCGGAGCCGGGUGCGGGAGCCAAUGUUCAAGAUAGUAAUACAUGCCAUGCCAGAGGUCAGCGCAUCCCCCGCUUCUCUUCCCGUGUGAUCGAUGUGUCAGAAUUUUCCCCUGCAAAUCCUGAAGAAUGCUGCAUUGCCACCCCUGCAGACGAAAUGUGCACAUCCCCUCUCAUCUCUCCCCGUUCGGCAAACCUGGAGACAAACUCUGACGACGAGGACUUCAAGUCAGCUUCCAACAGGUCCUCCUCUUCAGAGCCAUCCUCCCCCAGAUUGCAGGCAUCCGCGCCCGCAUCCUAUGUGGAUAGCAGUGACCCUGCUGCUGCUUCUAUUAACAGAUUAUCGGGAGAAGGACCAGAGGUGGUGGGGGGGGAGGCGCACACCACCAAUCAUCAUGACCCUUCUUCCGAGAACGGGGACGAAAAGGAUGAUGCCCUGCCGUCUUCCGCCACAUGUAGUCCGCACGAGCUCUCGUCCGAGUCAAACUCACCUGGCAUUGUCUAUUUGAUCACCCGAGAAUCUGAUUGGGUGGAGGGAGGGAAGCGGAUAUGCGUGCUCCAGGUUGAUAUAAGGAACGCGACUGGAAAAGCCGUAGAAGAUCUUUUGAUUAGACCAUCGGGUUUUGCGCCCUCGCAGUCGUGGUGCAUUGAUCUGAUUGCCGAAACGGGGCUGCUGAAGCUGCCGCCAUGGAAGCCUGUUCUGCUCCCAUCCGAGGUCUUUCGCUUUGGGCUUAUCCAGCCCUGUGAGCCUCCUUUACAGCUUCAAACCCACUCCUAUACCACUGCCGAGGACUGAGAUAGAGAGGGAGGGUUUUUUACAGACGUCCCAGGCGUGCACUACUAGGAACUUUCGGGUGGUGGGGUUUUCCCAACCGCC